AUGUCAUCUGACUCAGACAUUGACACUCUGCCCCCAUCGCCGAAGCACAAGAUCAAAAAGAACAACACUGACGAGCUACUUCAGGCAGUUAGUGUCCACAAGACGAAGAAGAUCAAAAGACUGGAAAAUGGGAAGGUGGAGUUAGAUCCAAUGGAGAUCUACCAGAAUGCAGGACGAAAAGUCUCAUGUGUCCUCAAUCUCUUUGGCCUACUUUCUGUUGCUUUUCAUACUGGUCUUCAACAUGACCAUGGAGGUAAAAUCAACAACGACCUGACUGAAGAGAUCACAAGACGUCACCUCCACCUGUACAAAGGCAUCAUCAAAAUCAUUCCAAGCCUUUGCGAUGAGCCCAUCACAAUCUCCAGUGACAAGCUGUCAAAAAUUGUCUCUGCGAUCACCAAGGGGAUGAGUGACACUCGAUCGACAGCAUUUAGCUCCAUCAAGCACAAAGGACUCAAGUACGUGCCUCUGAACAUGCACAGCAAAGUGGAUGCCCUUGAUUUACCAACACCUGAAGUCAAAGAUAAGUCCAUGCAAGGGAUUACUCAUCCCCAGCUCGCCCGGUGGCUUUGCCCUCAAAACAAGUUAGAUGUGUUUGAUCGUGACCCCGAUGAAGGAAUAGAGAAAUUACAGUUGGGAAAGCUCAAAAUGACUGUGAUGAAUUGGCCGACAGGAUUUUACAAAGCUGGCAUCUAUGAUCCAACGGACAAAACCAAGGGUUUGUUUAGGAACCAUGUUGUCACACGUUUCUACAUGCACUUGUAUAUUGGCCCAUCAGCUGCAAUGGCUGAGUCUACCACUAGCAAGGCCUCAAAGGUGGCAAGAAAUCAUGUGUUUGGGUUGACAUCCAUCACCAAAAAUAUUAUUGCCAUCAUUCACAUCAUUACGUACUUCACUCUCAGUCACGCACAGAAUUGGACGCAUGAAAUCGGGACAAUGAAUCUUGAGGAGUUGUUUUGGGCUAUCAUUGACAUGCUCAAUGAUGACGAGGACCCAUGGGUUAAAGACACCAUGUCGUGGUGGAACAUCCACAUUGGACCAGGCACCCAUCAGGCCAAAUUUCUCAAGAAGCCAUCCAACUUGGAGGAUGACUCAGAUCAAGAAAACAAUAUUGCCAAGAUCAAAGCUCAGUGUUUGGCUCGACAUGGUGCUGUGCCACCACAAACUAAGGCUGGUGAUGGUCAUCAGGAAAAUGUGGCUUACUACACCAGUGUAUAG